GUUUUUUAUUUACGGUUAGAAAGCAUUUUUCAUAUCAAUAUUUUUAUUCUACCUUCUUUGUGGCAUUCUAAUGUUUACGACACCCCGCUCAUUUAAUUGUCAAUCUGCUCGCACCUUCUUUUUGGGAUGGCCAACAUUAAUUUUGACGUGGGGAUUCAUCAUCUGGUUUUUUCUUACCAUAUGGCGUCAUGCAACAUCUCCUUUACGGUUCCAUCAUCAUUCUAAACCAUACAACCACUUUAAAAUAGAUCGAAAUUGGUACUUUGCGCUUUGGAUUUCAACAAUGCCACAACUUUUGUUUUUUUGCAUAUUUGGUAUGUGGGUAGGGUGGAAGUUUUUCCGACAUAAUUGAAGGAAAUUUUUUCUUCCACUAUUUUAUGGAAUCUGCUCUAAUCUAUGUUAAAGGCAAAUUGCUUUUUUCAAAA